CAUUUUUGAACAAGACAAGUCGAAAAGAGAAUAUUUGAGGAAGUGAGCAAUCAACUUUGUUGUUUUGGUCAUCUGGUGCAGCGCAUCCAGUUUAUUCUGAGCGUGAUAGGUGUCGGUGUGGUCGCCAGGUUCCCCUGCCGGACGAUAGUGUAGCCGGUGACAACAGUCAUGUCGUUGGACAGCGUCCCGAAGGAGCUGAGGAAUCUUAGAGCAUGUCUUCUGUGCUCAAUGGUCAAGACUUUUGAUCAGUUUGAAAACGAUGGCUGCGACAAUUGCGAGCAGCUUCUCGGCUUCCGUAACAACGCCGCCAUGAUCCAGGAAUGUACAAGUAGCAGCUUCGACGGAGUUGUGUCAAUGGUCAGCCCCUUGGACAGCUGGGUAGCGAAAUGGCAGCGUAUCCGCGAAUGUGUGCCAGGUAUCUACGCCAUAUCCGUGAGCGGACGCCUUCCCGAGCACAUCAUCCAGGAACUCGACGAGGGAAGAAACGUCAAGUACAUACCCCGUGACCGCCGGCAAGCAAACUAAAUACGUUUUUAUAUAAUCAUUAUGAAUUGAGCAACUUUGAGGGCCUGAUAUAUAUAUUAUGUAUAGCUUGCUGUUCACCGCCUAGCCACUGUAUGCUUUUAUUCUACUCUGCUUGUACAUAUGCGGUGCUAAUUUGGCUGCUGUGUGGUGUGUUGUGAUGCCGCUGUCCAUUUCUGUAAAUACAUGUACAUGUACGUUUUGUGUUGUCGCUUUUUGUUGCGCUGGUUUGGUGUAUCAUUCUUGUUUUGUAAGAUUUUUUAAGGUUUUUAGUACCCAGCUGCCUGUGUAUUUGUACAUACCCGUUUCGUUAUUAUCUUGAAUUAGAGGCUAUGCCGCAGCCAUGCCUCGUGCUCUUGUUCUGUCAUGUUUUGAUUAGAAUUGUUUGUAGCCAAGGAGCAUUUGAAUUUUGAAAAGUCUAUUUUGGGUGCACUUGUCGCUCCCAUCUUGACACACAUCAGUUGUACAUUUGUUCAAUGAAGACUGUGGAAAGCCAA